AUGAUUUCGCCGGAGAUGAGGUUUCCGGCUGACGUUCAUCGAUUCCUAGAUUUAAGCAGUUUUGAUCUCUUAAUUUCCGAGAGAUUAGAAGUUAUUCCUUGUUUUGUCUCACAAAUCGGGUUUUCUAAGGAUUUAGGCGGAUUUCUUGGUUUUUGUGCCUCUUGGUUUGGUGAUCCGAUGGAUGAGAGACUAGUUCAUGUGCUGUGUUUUUACUAUUACAGCCAUUGGAAUUUUGUUUCGGAGGCUCAAAUUGAUAAUCUGGGAAGAAUAUUUGGUAUGCCUUUGACGAUGAAGAUACAGCCAAUCGAUUCAACCACACCGGAAUGUUUCGAGUCGGUGAAAACUGUGCCGAAGUCUCGGUUGAGACGUCUCUUUGAUUUCUCGAGUUUUUUGAGAGGAUCGGCGGUUGCGGAUAGGUUCGUCGCCGGCGACUCGCAAUGCGGCAAAGACUGUUCAGAUGAGUUCGAGCCGAGCUCUGUCUGCUUGGACAAAAUGGUCCAGAAUUUCAUAGAGGAGAGCAACGAGAAGCAGUCUGUGACCGCAACCAUCAAGUGUGGCCGGCACAACCACCACCAGUGCAAUUGCGUCAACGGCAACAACUUCUGCAGUAGCGAUGGUUCCGAGGAUGAGUUCGACUCAUUCAAUUGUUUCGGCAACUCUAACAACCACAGUUCGUCGACCGACGCAUGUGAUCUCCUUAAGAGUUUGGUGAUUUGCGAGACAGUUUCUGAAAGGAAUUUGUUGGCCGAUGUUUCUAAAAUCGUUGAAAAGAACAAGAUCUGUAAGCGGAAAGAUGAAAUCAGUCGUAAGAUCGUCGCCGAUGGCCUCCUAGCUUCAGGAUACGCCGUUUCUGUCUGUAAAUCCCGCUGGGAAAAAACUUCAACCUAUCCAGCAGGAGAAUACGAGUAUAUUGAAGCUUUGGUUGAAGGGGAUCGUUUGAUAAUCGACAUAGAUUUCAGAUCGGAGUUUGAAAUAGCAAGAUCCACGAAAAGCUACAAAGCAAAACAGAGCCUGAAGAAGAAAGGAAUGCCUCUACCUCCAUGGAGAAGAGCUGAUUAUGUAAAAUCCAAAUGGCUCUCUCCCUGUACCCGAAUCAUCAACAACACUCCCACUGAUAAUAAUAAUAAUAAUAAUACCCAAUCCAUGGUUAUGAAUGACCCGAUUUCAGACCCAAAAGACCCGAUUUUAAUGGAUGAAUAUGAAGUUAUUGGAGGCGCUGAGGAAGGUCUGAAAGAAUGGGAGCCAUUAGAGAUCAAACCGAAGGUACCAAAGACCGGAGGUAAAGUGGUUAGCGGUCUAGCUUCUGUGAUCGAAGGCAACUGA